UCUAUGUUUGAUACAAGUUUAAAAAUGUUUACAAGUCAAAUGUUUACAAGUCAUAGCCACCACGUAUACAAGGAUUUGAUCCUUAAAUUCUUUAUGUAAGGAUCAAUCCUUGUAUUAUGUUAUUCAAAUAAUAGUUUUUUAAUCUGAUAAACAUUGGAUGUGGAGCUAAGGAUCCUUAACGGACUCCCAUUGCAGAUGGUCUUAAUCUAGUGUGCAAUGUGUCUCAAAUUAUUCAUGCCUCUGUUCAACAAAGUCUUAGUGGCAUGUUCAACGAUAUAGUAAAAUAGUUUUAUGUUGUUCAGAAAAAAGUUAAAUAGUUUAUAGCUUUAUUUAUAUAUAUUUGACAUUUUUUUUGAGAUUAUAAUUAAGCUCUAAAUUUAGUGAUAUAUCUAAAAAUUUAUAUCUAUAAACCAUAAUUUAUAUAUUACUUUUAAAUUUAUUUAUAGAUUCAGACCAUGUUUAACCGGUCCAUUUUGCUUACAAUUUAUAUAUUACUGUGUCGUUGUUAUGUUUUAUGUUACCAUGAUACCACCCAUAUGUACAUCUUGGUUUUUCUAUUUGAACUUAUAUGUACAUCUUGUUGUCACAAGAUUGUUAAGUUCAUGGGGAAUCACAUCAAUCCAGAUCUGGUCAUACAAUACAAAAAAUAAGAAAAGGUAACACAAUAACUUUUGUUUGAUUACCCAAAAAAAUAAUUUUUUUUGUUUGAUUACCAUAGUUUGUCUUGGCCAUUAAACCCAAAGUUAAUUUGGAGAUAGACUUAAGGAAGGUGAUUUUUAAUAAGAUAAAAUAUCCUUUGACCAAUGUAAAGGAUAAGAUAUACUAUGGUCUAUGGUAAGUAAAUACCAUAGAAUAUAGUGUAUCAUACUUACAUAUGAGUUAAUUAAUCACAAAUAUGUUGCUAAUGAUAUGGAUUAUAAAUUAUAUCAUUGAUAUAUAUAUAUAUAUAUAUAUAUUUAAUUCCUGAUUUAGUGAAUAAUUUUUUAUAUGUUGGUAUCUGCAACAGAUUAGACAACUGAUUCUUUGCUAACUUCCAUAUAAUUUUUUUGACACAUGUAAUAAGUAAUUAAAUCCCAAAUCUGAUUAAAUUUUUUAAAUAUCAGAUUCUUAAUCACACUAUUCCCAAAAAUACAAAAGAUUCAAUUUUAAAAGGGCCCAAACCAAGAUUCCCUCCAAAUCAUGAAAGAGCCUACUGGUUUUGAAUUUGAAUACCUUAAGACCCAAAAGGAAAAAUAAAUACAUUUUGUGUGUUCGUUCUUUGUCAGAGAGAUUAUUAUAAACUACGCACACAUCGCGCGCUCUUCUUCUUCUCCCUCUCCUCCUCUCUCUCCCCACUCCAAUUCGUAGGGUUCCGAUCUCCAUCAGAUCUUAAACCCACUCCCCCAUGGGUGAAAACGACAGUGUUUGUGGUGGGUUUUCGCUAAUUACCAGAUCCGACUUAAAGAUGGGAGGCAAUGAAUUGGAUGAGAAACAGAAGCUGAGUCAUUUUGGACCCGUUGACACAUUUAGAAAUUCAGGUAACACUGGUCAUGCUCCUAAAGACACUGAACAGUCUCAAGUUUGCAAACUUUCUCAGAGUUUUGUUAAAGAAGGAGCGAGUAGUGAGGUGUUUGGUCAACAGGUCAAGCCUUCUUCGGAUAAGAGAAUUGAUGUUGGAUGCGUGGCACAGAAAAGAAGCGGGUUAUCAUCGGUUUCAAGCUGCUUGAAUGAUGAUUUAUCUACGGUUUGCUCCUCCAGGAGAAGCGAUAAGCCUGGUUCAACGGAUGCUUACUCAGAGUGUGGGAGUUCUAGUGUCCCUGUUGAGGCAAAUGAUCCGAUGAAGCUGUGGAAAGCGAUGAAGGAAAACGGGUUUCUUUCUAACCCGCACGGUGCGACGUCAAGCAGCUGUGUCGUCUCAUCUUCUCAUGGAGGGAUACCUGCUCCGAGGAAACGUGGUCGCAAAAGCAAGACUAAUAAUGAUGCUGCGAUGGUGAUGAAGAAGAGGAAGAUUGAGAUUGCAAGGAAGGAGGAAGUUGACAACAGGUUUGCUAGGCUAGCUGCUCCUAGUGGACUGCUCAAUGAACUCAACCCUGGGAUUAUAAACCACGUUAGGAACAAGAAGCAAGUGCUUUCCAUCAUCCAAAGCAUUGUCAAGUCUGAUAAAGACUCUGGAAGAAACUAUCAUCACCACUCGAUGAGGCUUAACAAUACUACAGCUGCGGAUGAUGUGAACACUGGUGGUGCCUCUAGAUCUGAUUUUAGCCAAGGAUUCAAGUAUGGCAUGCCAGAAGAUAACUACUACGAUGAGAAAUGCGCAGAUGGUGAAGAAAAUAGUAAGUUCUCGGAGAAUGCGAGUUCCUUGUCUACCGAGGACGCAGCGAGUUUGAACCGUGAUAGUGUUCUCACUGUCAAAGCGGCUACAGUGGCGUCUCAGUGGUUGGAACUGCUUCAUCAGGACAUCAAAUGCCGUGUUUCCGCUCUUCGCCGAAGCAAGAAGAGGGUUCGAGCAGUUGUGACGACAGAGCUACCUUUCUUAAUAAGCAAAGAGUUCCCAGCUGAUCAGGAGAAUGAUCCAAGUGUACUCUUCAAUGGAGCUUCGAGGGCGUCAACGGUGGAUAACCACAAGAACAGAUGGAUGGCGCUGUUUAAACAACUCGAGCAAACGCUAUCAGAAGAAGAGAAACAAUUGGAGAGCUGGUUAAAUAAAGUGAGAGAGCUGCAAUCGCACUGCGACCAAGGUCUGCAACACUUGAGCUUGAGUUCUGGUCAGAACUUCUUACAGUUAGGAAUGCCACUGUACUCUAGAGCUGCGGAUGCACUGAUCUCAGAUAAGGAUUUAGCCGUUAGAGCAGCCGCAGCCUCCAUAUAUUCGACCUGCAAUUUUCUUGCAUCAGAGGAGAACAUAGCCUGUACCUGAACUCCUUUCAACUUCUGACCAGUUUCUGAUUCAAGUUUAUUUUAGUUGACAACCUUUCUUAGUUGCUUGUGUAAGCUUUCGUAGCAGAGUUAUUCUUUCCAUGUGCAUCUGUAACACUAGGAGCAUUGCUCACACCACCCUUGUCUUUUCUUCUUUUAUAGAUUUAUUUUCUCUGCAA